AGUAGCCUACUAUGCGAGAGAUGCGAUGAGCUGCAAGUUUUUAUAUGAGGGUUACUUUACCGAACACGACUCGUAGCGGAGAUCACAGAACGGGAAAACAAAGCCUAGGUUUUAAAGCCCUUUAUAUUUCUUACGUCGUGAAUUUCUUUUAAACACUAUUUUCAAAGCCAUCUUGCAGUAUGAGGAGCAGAUAUGGCAAGGAGUAGCAAGUCCGUGGCGCGGACCCUGGAGGAUUUGACGCUUGACUCGGGUUAUGGUGGAGCUGCCGACUCAUUCAGGUCUUCCACUGCGUCGCUGUGCUGUUUCGAGGCACAUGCACCGAAUGCGUAUGGGGGGAAUUUUUGGCAUUUAACCGACUCGAUGCACAGUCGACACAACAGCCUAGACACGGUCAACACCGUGCUGGUGGAGGACUCGGAGGCGCUGGAGUGCUCCGGUCAGUGCGCGAAACUACCGGAGUUGGAAGACGUGCCAUGGACCCUGGAGGAAGUGCAGAGCGCGCUGAUCCGGGACGAGGAGCUGAGGCAGGGGCUCGUGUCACCGGAGGUCUUGGCCCAUCUCUCGGUACUGGUCAGCCGCGCGCUGGUGAGAGUCGCCAAAGAGGCACAGCGUCUGAGUUUGCGUUACGCCAAAUGCACCAAAUAUGAGAUUCAAAGUGCCAUAAAGAUAGUCUUGUCGUGGACUGUGUCGAUGAACUGCAUCACCGCGGCGCUGAGUGCCUUGUCUCUGUACAAUAUGAGCACAGAGGACAAGUUCAGCCGCGGGAAAUCGGCCCGGUGCGGCCUCAUAUUCAACGUGGGGCGGUUCUUCAGGUGGAUGGUGGAAAGCAGGGUCGCGGUCAGGAUCCACGAACACGCGGCCAUCUACUUGACAGCGUGCACGGAGAGUCUGUUCCGAGAGGUGUACGCGCGGGCGCUGCGCAGUGCGCCGGUGGAAAAAGAUAACGGCAUCCCGAAGUUUACCGUGGAGGCGUUAGAACAUGCCGUCAACAACGACGCGGAGUUAUGGGGGACUCUUCUGCAGUACCAGCACCUGAUCUGCGGGAAGAACGAGAGUGGAGUGCUGAGCCUACCAGAGAGCCUGACCCUCCACAGAGACCAGCGUCCAGGCAACAGUUCAGAGGGACACGCCUACAGCCAAUCAGAGCUGCGCUCUGUAGAACAGUGCCUGCUGACCACACGAGUGGGAAGCAUCUCCGAACUGAGUGACCUAGUGUCGAGGGCCAUGCACCACCUGCAGCCCCUGCAGGUGAAGGUGCACAGCAAUAGCACUCCUCACCACCAGGGGAGCUGUGGGGUUCACUGGGACCCCGAGGCGCUCUACACCCUCUGCUACUUCAUGCACUGCCCCCACAUGGAGUGGGAGAACCCCAACGUGGAACCUUCCAAGGUCACCCUGCAGACGGAGAGGCCCUUCCUGGUGCUGCCUCCUCUGAUGGAGUGGAUCCGCGUGGCGUCGGCUCACGCCGAGCAUCGCCGCAGCUUCGCCGUGGACAGCGACGACGUCCGCCAGGCCGCCCGCCUGCUGCUGCCCGGGGUCGACUGCGAACCGCGCCAGCUCCGGACGGAUGACUGUUUCUGCUCGUCGCGGAAGCUGGACGCUGCGUCGACGGAGGCGCGGUUCCUGCAGGACCUGGGCUUCAGGAUGUUGAGCUGUGGCAGGACUGACCUGGUGAAACAGGCUGUCAACCUGCUGGGCAGCCAGGGCAUCAACAGCAUGAGCGAACAGGGGAUGACCCCGCUGAUGUAUGCGUGUGUCCGUGGAGACGAGGCCAUGGUCCAGAUGCUGCUGGACGCCGGCGCCGACAUCAACAGUGAGGUGCCUAACUCAGGGCACAGACACCCCUCAGUGUUCCCCGAGACCAGGCAGGGAACGGCCAUCACGUUCGCUGUGCUGCAGGGACACAUUCCUGUCGUCCAGCUGCUCCUGGACGCCAGGGCCAGUGUGGAGGGCUCUCUACAGGACGGGAUGGACAACUACACUGAGACCCCCCUACAACUGGCUUCUGCUGCAGGUAACUUUGAGCUGGUGAGUCUGCUGUUGGAGCGCGGGGCAGACCCCCUGCUGGGCACCACACACCGCAAUGGCAUCUCCACCGCCCUGCAGGGAGACAUGAACUCAUACAGCCUGGCAGCUGCUCACGGACACAGGAACGUGUUCCGGAAGCUGGUGUCCCAGGUGGAGGCGGUGAGGCGGGGGGGGAAGGGCGAGGUGCUUUCCCUGGAGGAGAUGCUGGCAGAGGGCUCGGAGCUGGUGGAGAGGAGCCCCUCCCAGCUGGAGCUGCUGCGUAGUGGCAAGACCAGGCUGAAGGCCCUGAGGGAGGCCAUGUACCACAGCACAGAGCACGGCCACGUCGACAUCACCCUCGACCUGCGAAGCCUCGGCGUUCCCUGGACACUGCACACCUGGCUGGAGUCUCUGCGUAGCUGCUUCCUGCAGCAGCGCCGCCCUCUGAUCCAGGGUCUGCUGAAGGAGUUCAGCUGCAUCCAGGAGGACGAGUACACAGAGGAGAUCAUCACACAUGGGCUGCCCCUCAUGUUCCAGAUCCUCCGAGCCAGCAAGAACGAGGUGAUCAGUCAGCAGCUGAGCGUCAUCUUCACCCAGUGCUACGGGCCUUACCCCAUCCCCAAGCUGGGAGACAUCAAGAGGAAGCAGUCUGCUCGUCUGGAUCCCCACUUCCUGAAUAAUAAAGAGAUGUCGGAUGUGACGUUCCUGGUGGAAGGGAAGCCGUUCUACGCUCAUAAAGUCCUGCUGUUCACCGCCUCCAACAGGUUUAAGUCUCUCCUGGCAAACAGGCCUGCAGCAGAGAACACAUGUAUUGAGAUCAGCCAUGUCAAGUACAACAUCUUUCAGCUGGUGAUGCAGUACCUGUACUGUGGAGGAACAGACGCUCUGCACAUCCGGAACACUGAAGUCAUGGAGCUGCUGUCGGCCGCUAAAUUCUUCCAGCUUGAGGCGCUGCAGAGACACUGUGAGAUCAUCUGCACCAAGAACAUCAACACAGACACCUGUGUGGAGAUCUACCACCACACAAAGUUCCUGGACGUGCCGGAGCUGGCGGCCUACAUGGAGGGCUACUUCCUGAAGAACAUGGUGCUGCUGAUCGAGCUGGAGCCCUUCAAGCAGCUGCUGUACGACACGCCGCCGGAGAGCCCGGGAGCCAGUGUGCUGCUGGACCUGGAGAAGACCCUGGCGCUCCGGAUCCAGUCCAUCCACCUGUCCUCAUCCAGGGGCUCUGUGGUCUGAGCCCUCCCUCCCUCCUCCACCUGCGCCCCCAGACCAGCGCCUGCUACCCGGACAGCUCUUCAUCGCUCCCUUGCCCCGUCACCUGGUGCCUGCCGGUCAUCCUUGCUGUUGUGUGUCUCCGGGCAGCCCUGGGGCUGUGUCAGCAGGGUCAGGGAUGUAGAUCACUGGGUUAAGGGGCUGUUUGCUAUUGCGGCUUGGCGUGGCGUGGAGUCCCAGCGAGGGUUAAGCCAACACUAGUCAUGGCACAGAUGUGACGCUGCAGAUGUGACGCUGCAGAUGUGACAUUCUGAGGAGAACGUUGAGAGAAGCCUGCCUGCAGACCUGCCCUCUGCUGCAGAGUGGAAUGGAUGCACACACACACACAACAUGUACAAACACACACACAGAAACAUCUUUAUAGUUCUGCAGUAGUCAGUUACAUUUCCUAACCUUGGUUUCACCAUCAUCAUAUUGAUAUAUUGUGCUGCCAUCUAGGUCCUUAUGAGAUACAGUCAGUCAUGUCCCUUGUCCACUGUGGCAACUGUUGUAAAUAUUGUGAAUAUGGAGUUCUACUCGCACUCCCCCUGUAAGUUCAUGUAAAUACAGACAGAUAUCUCAUCUUGAGUACUGGCAUAGGUAAUAUGAUGUAUCUGUAAAACCUGUCCCUGUUGUAUGUGCAAAGAGCAUGUCACACUGAUGUGGGCUUUACAGUUUCUCUAGAUUUCUCCGUCAGCGUGUGUAGAGUGUGGUCUGAGGUCUGCAUGUCACACAGCGAGGGGGGGGGGGGGGGGCAUCUGGGGGAACUAGAACAGCAUCCUGGUUCUGGUUCUAGAACAGCGUCCUGGUUCUGGUUCUAGAACAGCUUCCUGGUUCUGGUUUGGGACAGGAGAGACCAGAUGACAGGCCCAAACUCCUGCUUAGCUGCAUAGUGGUACAAAGAGAACUUUAAUUACACAGAUAAAAUGUUUUUAAUUAAUUCAGCUGUGGGAGUCUUACGCAGGCUAAACUUGAACAGGAUUUGUUUGUAGUGUUCUGUAGAAAAAUGUCUUGUUUCGUCUUCUUCGUCUUCUCUGCAAAGUUUUUGGACGUGUCCUCCCCUGAGGCUGACUGCAGGACACUGUCUCCAGACGUAACACCAUGUAGACAAUACUGUGAGACUUGACAUCAUGUAUGUUUCCUCUAUAAAGAUGAAUGAUUAAUAAUUAAACAGAUUAAU